AUGUCAACAAUUAUAAGACCCAAAAAAUUAAUGGAAAGUUCCCGAAUGCAUUAUGAGUUUUGCGGAGAGUUAGGCAUUAAGCGGAUAUAUCAAAAAAGAGACGGAAACACUGAGGAAACUUUGUCUAUCCCAUCCGACAUAAAAAUAAUACAAGUUCCCGCCAGCACGCCAGCGGAAAGAGAUGCGUUUGUUAAUAAAGUAUUUGGAGGGGGCGUAUCUCAACAGGUAGGGAAUAUGUUAGAGUUGCCGUUCAUGUUUUCCAAAGCCGUCUUAAAAGAGAUAGUGAAUGUUAUACCCAACCUUGUCGGAAAAAUAAGCACAUCAAUUUUAAAAAUUGCCACCUUGGGGGCGGUAGAUGUUGACACCCCAACGAUUAAACUAACCAACACCGAGGAGGACACCACGAAAUUAAUUAAAGUUUUAAACGACAUCAUGGGGGCGAAAGUUUACUUAACGAUUGGAGCGAGAGAACACACCGACGGAAAUGCGUUUUAUAGAUUAAAUGCCAGCGGAAUAAAUGUGAAUAGUUUAAAGGAUGCCAACGAAACCAAGGAGGCAACCAACCCGACCCAAGACCAACAAGGUGAUAGAAUGUUUAAAACGACCUUAUUUGACAGUUUAAAUAAAGGCAUUGAACCCGCCAUGUUUUCGGGAAAUACUAUUGACUUUCAUUACUCAUUCGCCGAGUUUUUUUGCCGAUUGACCGAACCAUUAUUUUUCUAUCACACAUUUGAGGCGGAGGAGACUUAUAUUGAAAAAGAAAUAACAAUCAAAGAACGAGGCGACACCGCGGAAAUUGAUGGGAUUGAUGUGGCGACCGCGGGGAGACUUCAAAUAUGUAGUAUUUUUGGGAUUAGUAGUAUUAAUAGCGGACAUAGUGGAAUAAUGAAUAAAACAGAAAAACGCGACUACUUUAAGGAAUUAUGCGAAAGUGAUUUAACUGCAUUAUCAACCAAUCCAUCCAGUUAUAAUAGAGGCGAUACAUGGUGA